ACGCUGACAGCACUGUGGGGAGGGCGUGGGGGAGGGAUGGUGGCUGGUUGCAGAGUCGUGCUGGGCGCUGCUCGCCUGCCCGGAGGCUGGAGCUGGGGCUGUGGUCUGAGGUCCCUUAGCAAGAUUGUCUCCAGGGCCAUCUCUGUGACUAGCUGUAAAAGUCCCCAGCCAGCCCCUCUCCCACCUUCUCCCAGCCAGCCUGUGUCCAUCCCUGAGAAGACCCCAAGUAAGUUCCGCUUUGGUUUUUCUGAGAGCCAUACUUGCAGAAACCAACUUUUCCAGUUGCUUCUGCUUCAGAUAAAGAUGUAGCUUCUCUUGGCCUUUUCUGCUGAGUAAUUUGCACAUGGCGCUAACAGAAAACCAGGAUAGCAGGUUUGCCACAGUGACGCAGGCCUGCCCUUCCAGCCCUGCACAUGUGUGCCAUCAGGCAAGAGAAGGCUCAGAGAGGGAGCUGGAACACACAACGUGCGCUUAUGCCUAUCGUGGUGUCUCUCAAGAACGAAACAUUUAUUUUGCUCUGGCCUGCAGCAUACGGUACCAAAUAACCCCAUGGGACCGGAUUGGGCCAGACUUGUUUCUGUCAUUGUAGAUGUCAUUUCCAUUUUUAGGUAGGAAGCUUGGGUUAAGAGAUAGGCCUCCUUGAGAUGUUCGAGGGCAAGGGGUGGUGAGGAGAGGACAGUGGAUGUGCCCACCGCACCCCAGCAUGAAGGGCCAGGGAGUGCUACUCAAGCAAUGGCGAGGCGUGGGGUGUUUCACUGACAGCUCCCCCUGGCUCCCCUGGCUGGACUUGCCCUAUGGAUAGAGGCAGAAGAAUUGGUUGCCGGAGUCUUUCCCAGCCAGGGUCAAUCUGACAGGUUUGUUCUCUGGUGGCGAAAGGUGCGUUCCCUUUUUUCUGCUGUAGCAGAACAUUUUAGGUCUUCCCAAAGGGGACAUGACAGUGGGGAAAGAAGAGUUUUCUGAUGGGGGAACAUGAGAAGGAGGUGCAGAACCGGAAGAGAGGCAAGAGGCCGAGAGGCCGGCCAAGGAAGCUCACUGCCAUGUCCUCCUGCAGCCGACGCUCCAAGCUCAAGGAACCUGAUGCUCCCUCCAAAUCCAAGUCCAGCAGUUCCUCCUCUUCCUCUACGUCGUCAUCCUCUUCCUCGGAUGAAGAGGAUGACAGUGAUUUAGAUGCCAAGAGGGGUCCCCGGGGCCGCGACACCCACCCAGUGCCUCAGAAGAAGGCCCAGAUCCUGGUGGCCAAACCCGAGCUGAAGGAUCCCAUCCGGAAGAAGCGGGGACGAAAGCCCCUGCCCCCAGAGCAGAAGGCAACCCGAAGACCCGUGAGCCUGGCCAAGGUGCUGAAGACCGCCCGGAAGGAUCUGGGGGCCCCAGCCAGCAAGCUACCCCCUCCACUCAGCGCCCCCGUGGCAGGCCUGGCAGCUCUGAAGGCCCAUGCCAAGGAGGCCUGUGGUAGCCCCAGUGCCAUGGCCACCCCAGAGAACCUGGCCAGCCUGAUGAAGGGCAUGGCCAGUAGCCCCGGCCGGGGUGGCAUCAGUUGGCAGAGCUCCAUCGUGCAUUACAUGAACCGCAUGACCCAAAGCCAGGCCGCCAGCAGGUUGGCGCUGAAGGCCCAGGCCACCACCAAGUGCGGCCUUGGGCUGGACCUGAAGGUGAGGACGCAGAAAGGGGAGCUGGGAAUGAGUCCUCCAGGAAGCAAAAUCCCGAAGGCCCCCAGCAGCGGGGCUGUGGAGCAGAAAGUAGGGAGCACAGGGGGUUCCACACACACCCAUGGUGCCAGCAGGGUACCUGCUGGGUGCCCAGGCGCUCAGUCAGCACCCACCCAGGAGCUGAGCCUCCAGGUCUUGGACUUGCAAAGUGUCAAGAAUGGCAUGCCUGGGGUGGGUCUGCUUGCCCGCCAUGCCACCGCCACCAAGGGUGUCCCAGCUACCAACCCAGUCCCUGGGAAGGGCACUGGGAGUGGCCUCAUUGGGGGCAGCGGGGCUGCCAUGCCCACUGACACAAGCAAAAGUGAGAAGCUGGUCUCCAGAGCAGUGGCGCCGCCCACCCCUGCCAGCAAGAGGGACUAUGUCAAGGGCAGUGCUACCCCCAGUGGGCAGGAGAGCCGCACAGCCCCUGGAGAAGCCCGCAAGGCAGCCACACUGCCGGAGAUGAGCGCAGGCGAGGAGAGCAGCAGCUCGGACUCUGACCCGGACUCCGCCUCGCCGCCCAGCACUGGUCAGAACCCGUCAGUGUCCGUUCAGACCAGCCAGGACUGGAAGCCCACCCGCAGCCUCAUCGAGCAUGUCUUUGUCACUGACGUCACUGCCAACCUCAUCACCGUCACAGUGAAGGAGUCUCCCACCAGCGUGGGCUUCUUCAACCUGAGGCAUUACUGAAUCCCCCGCGCCACCAGCUGCCCAGUCUUCCUCCCCUUCGCUGCCUGUGGUUUUGCUUGGCUAACUGACUCCCAGCCCAAGCACCCUCAAGAGUCUGGGUCGGGGAGGAGGAGCGGGUGGUCUCCUUGAUGGGCAGACUUGGAAGGGGCUUCUCCACUCAUCCUGCCCUGUCACGCGAGGUAGGGCAGGGGGUCUCGCUGCCUUGUUGGUCUCCACUGUGUUCCUACCUCUGCAGGCCUCUUCGCUCUCGCCUCUUGCCUCAGGAAACACAGUGGCACCUGUGGCUCAAGGUGACUGUCUUGAACAGAGCAGGCUGCUUCGUGGCUGCGUUUGAACUGCUCCUCACUGGCCUGUGUGACGGCAUCACUGCUUUGCUCCCUGUCUUGCAGGGGCUGAGGUGUCAGCUGGGGCAUCUGGUGUGUCUCGCUUUCAGCCCUGGGGUAGGCAGAGAGUAUUGGGGGGAGGCAAGGCCAGUGGGACUAGUGUUCCCUCCACCUGGUGGCAGCUUCUGGGAGAUGGGAUGAGCAGGGGCGGGCCUGGCUAGCAUUGCUUGAACCCGCAGUGGUGAGGUGGGGAGCUUGCCCCUGACAGCUGGGGGCUGGCUGGGGCCUUACUGUGAAAGGACAGUGGCAGGCAGCUAGAGUAGAGCAAGCCCAGGAGCCCUAAAAGGCUGGCUUUGUGGCCAUCUAGCCCCAAUUCAGGGUGGCAUCCACAGCCCCCAAACAGCCUACGAGCCAGCAUGGGUGGGGAGGGGGUGGUCCCACAGCUAGGUUCCACCCGAAGAGCCUCCACGCCUCGGAGCAGGAGAGGCAGGCUGUGGCUGCCGCCCUCCUUCCUGCCCGUGUCCCAAUGAGAAGUGACCCGAGUCCCCUUCCAAACCCAGACUCACCCCAUGCCCCAGGCCCACUGAAGCAUGUUCCAUUUCUAGAAAGCCCAGAGUUCAGUGUCCCAAGGAAAACCCAAAGUGGAGGUGCUCAGGUCCAGGGGAGUCCAGUGGGCAGGACCCUUGGCAAGCAAGCCCCUCCCUCCACUCCCAGCAUCUCCCUUUUGCUAAUAAAGGACUGGCUUCGUGCUAAUGGCCCACAGACUGCCCCGGAGACCUGGAGGACAGGAGUGCUGGCACUUGCGAGUCGAUGGGCCCGUCUGUCGGCUCUGCCUGUGCUGCAGGUGUGUGCUGUGGGUCCUGCCCAAGUGGAUGAGGCAUUCCUUAAGGAAUAUCACUUUCCCUGACAAUCCCCCACACCUUUAGGCGCUGCCUGCUUGGCUCCUUUCCAGCUGAAAAACUAUACCUGUACCAUUUGGGAAGCUGGACAAAUUCUAGGGGACCCACCUGAUAGAGGGCCCUGGGAAGCUGAAUCUCUCAGCGUUGGCCCUGAGGCCCCUGUUAACUCAAGAUUGUGAGCCACCUCUAGGUGGCAACAGCUGGGAGCUACCUUGUAUGGCUUCUGACCAGUAUCAGGAUUUCUGUUCCGAGAGCAGCUUGGGCAGAAAGGCAGGGCAGCCCAGAGGUGGCAGCGGCAGGCAAUCUGGUCACUGGGUCUUUGUGAUGCCAAAAACAAAAGGGGGUGGGGUGGUCACUUCGUGUUCCUCUGAUUGGAUGGAGUCAGCGGGCAGGCAUGGGGCUGUAUUCCAGUGCCUGACUAUAGGGAAGGCUACCCUUCCAUGGAGCGGCCCAGACUUCGGGAAUGGGCUCUGUUUUCCGGGGGACAGGCCUACCGGACUGCAAGACACCCCCAGUACCUCACCGUGCCAAAUAGGAAGAGGUGGCCUUGGUGUAGCCAAAUUGAUCUUAACAGUGUGCCUUUGGGGAGGGACCCAUGUCCAUGGCUUCAUUGAGGGCCAGCCCACAGUGGUGGUGGUGGCUGCCACAGGAAUGGUGCCCACCUCGGCGAAUUGAAGGGCUGGGGGUCCCACAUAGCUAGGCCAGAGCUGGAAGCAGACAGUAAGGAAGAGCUGCUCCCAAUGGGAGAGGGAGAGAUUCCAGCUCACCGUGCAUCCUAGGAGGAGGCAUGGAUCCUGGCAUGAUGGGCGUAGGGCACCAGCUUCCUUGUGUCCAGACAGCCAAGCCUGUGACUCUUUCCUGCGGAGCGCUGUGCUACCUUCAACGCUCCAAAGCCAGACUAACAGCUCUCCAAGCCCUUGGGGUGACUCUGUCCUUCCAGGAGCUGUUGGAGAAAUGAGGAUCUGUCCCUGGCUGCCUGUCCUCCCCAGCAGCCAGGUCUCUCCAGACCCUGAUUCGGUGCCUUUCUGCUUACCAGCUACUUCAAUCCCAAAGUUUGAAUCUGCAGAUACCUUACUCCCAGCCACUUUGCCUUCUUACUGUGUCGUGUGUGUUUCCUGGUGCUUCAAGAGCGUGUGCACGUGUGCAGGGCAAGGGCCACCACUGGGAACUGCACCAAAUGCUCAGACUUGGUUGUUUUACGUUUACCAAUAAAUAAAAGUAGACUUUCUAUUUUUAUUUGCUGCUAUUUAUGUGUGUGUGUGUUUGUGUAGCUAGGUGUCUGGCACAUCUGACAAGAUGCAUUGUUGCUUUUUUCCCAAAGGUCCCACAGGAACUGUGGCAGUGUGUAUGUGUGUAAUGGUGUGUUAACCCCAUCUUGUUUGCUCCUGUAUUGAAUAGGAAGCAGUGGCUAGUCUGUCUUCCUUAGAGGUGUUGGCAUAUUUUCAUAUGUAUAUAUUUUGUACCAAAAAAGAGUGUUCCUUGUUUUGGUUACGCUCGAAAUUCUGACCUAGUUGGAGAGGGCUCUGGGCCCAGAGCUUUCAUUAAGGGGAGACUGGGGGAGGAUCAAGCUUUGAACCAAAGCCAAUCACUGGCAUGAUUUGUGUUUUUUAAUUUAAAAAAAAAAAAAAAUCAUUCAUGCAUGCCACUUCUAAUUGCUUUCAACUAUGGCUGUUUGCUUUCUUAAAAGAGAACAAAAGUAGAUAUGUUAUUGCCCUAGGAGAGGAUCUGUGUUGAAACAGGACAGCAGCCCAGGGCCCACAUUUAAUUAGGAUCAAUCAGUUCAAGGAAAUGUUUCCCCCAAAAAGCCCCUGAUGGUGUGGGGAAAGGGAAUGGAGUUGGGGACAGGUAGUGCCUAGACGACCAGAUUUUACUCAAGUGCAUCCCAUGAUUCUGUUGAUUUUCUAGCAUUUUUGGAAAACUAGCAAAGUUGCAGAGUUUUUUCUUUUUUUAGACUGAUGUUAAUUUAUUUUACAGGGGAAAGACAGCAAAUGGCGUCAGAAGAUUUUUGUCCUUUUGUUAUCUCUUAGUAUAUCAAUAAAUUUUU